AUGACAGACUCUGGAGACAGCGACGUCUUCCCUUUGGAUUGCUUGAGCGAGGACGACACUGUAUCGCUUCCACUGGACCAAGAUGAGCCUGUAGAGAUAUUUGAAGCCGUUGCAGAGAGACAACUGGCGGCAUCCGACGACGACGAGGCCGGAAGCGUCGAGGAAGUAGACGAGGUAGAGCCCUUCAACGCCACUGCUGACAAAGCUCUGCUGGUCGAGGUGCUAGCGACUCCUCCGUUUACAGUUGAGCGUAAGAUGGUGACAGCCAUGUGGAAAGGGAUUUCAAAGCGGCUUAACCAAAGUUUGUCAACCAACUUCAGCUUUCGAUCUUGCCGCGAUCGUACAGGGCUUCUCCUCCGCCAAUAUGCUGUACGCAAGGGGCGUAACGAGGCAACCCGUGGCACAAUCUCCGCAAGACUAAUUGGUGGGGGCCAAAAGAAACCUCAGAAACGCCGUCGGCUUUCGACGUUGCUGCAAAAUGAGCAGGAAGAAGCUGUAAAACGUCGGAAACUUGAAGAGGAAAAGGUUAAUCUGCAUCGGGAAGAGCUCCAGCUGCGUCGCGAGGAAUUGAAUCACCAGCGUCGCCAACAUGAGCUUAUCCGUGAGCAGAUGCAGCAUCAAGCUGCACAAACAGAAUCUCUGCUAAAGCUGGUAGCUGCUGCAAUUAGCCAGACGAAAACCUAA